CAAGUUAUAGUACUCUGUCUUGUUGCUGUCAGAUUCAGGAUCUAAAAAUUCUUUGUUUUUUUUUUUUUUUUUUGUUUUGUUUUUUUGUUUGUUUUUUUAAAUCAACAUUCCAUCUUCGAAAUGGGGGACAUAGAGUCUCCCGAAUCGACACCACCACACCAGGUUGAUAUUUUUUCUUUUCUCCCCAGUAAAGAUUUCGCCACCUCGCGGAAGGGAAUUCUUCUCAUCUCUGAAGUGGCUCUGUCCUUCAUCACCUUUGUGUGCUUUGUGGCAUCUGUAGCAGCAGCCUUUGUCACAGCUCCCCUCAUUGAGUUCCUCCUUGCCGCCUUCAUGCUCAUCGUCUAUUCCAACAAGUUCAGUCAACAAUUAAAUGGCUGUCAAUGGCCCCUAAUGGAUUUCCUGCGCUGUCUGACUGCAUCCAUCAUCUUUUUUGUCAUCUCCAUAAUUUCAAUGUCCAGGUAUGGAGAUGGAGCCUCAAAAGCAGGCGGGGUGUUUGGGUUCAUUGCCACCCUUUGUUUUGCAUUUGACUGCUAUAUCACUUUCAACGAGCUGACCAAUUCCCGCAAGCAAGGGGAAGGGUCCACACAGGAACAACCAGCAGGUAAUGACUCUGACUUCGAAUCGGAAUGAAGCUUGUAUUAAAUGAACCUGUGGCCUGUCUGUGUCAAUUGCCAC